AUGUCGAAGGAAGUUGAUAGUUUAGCUCACGGGGUGGCGGGUGGACUGGGAGGCCUGAUCUCAAUGGCCUUGACUUAUCCACUAGUCACUCUUUCCACCAAAGCACAGGCCUCGAAAAAGAAGAAAGAGGACACUAGAAUAACAGCUGAAGCGUUCAAGAAUCUAUACAAUGGCUUGGAAAGUGCGCUGGUUGGAAUAACUGCAACAAACUUUGUCUACUAUUACUUCUACGAACUGACAGGCUCAGCUCUCAGAAAAGAGAAGAGCUCAUCCAGAACACUCAAAAAAGGAUUGACCGCGUCUCAAAGUAUUUUAGCGGGACUGGUGGCUGGCGUUGUUUCCAGAGUUGUUACGAACCCAAUCUGGAUCGCCAACACCAGACUGACUGUUUUGAAAAGAUCAUCCAGGAAAAAUGCUCCGAAAAAUACUAUCCAAGUGAUCUUAUCGAUUCUGAGAAACGAAGGAUGGAAAAACCUAUUCAGCGGCCUGGUGCCGGCGCUCUUUUUGGUUCUGAACCCCAUCAUCCAGUACACAAUCUUCGAGCAGCUCAAGACGCUUAUAGUUACCAAACGCAAACGCGCACUCAGUUCUGUCGACGCCCUGAUUCUAGGGGCAUUCGGAAAGCUGAUCGCAACUAUCGUCACCUAUCCUUACAUAACGGUCAGAUCUCGGAUGCACUUACAUAGUGUCAGAGACUCGCAUUCAGCCCCGGCUACUUCAAGCUCGGAGACAACAGCAGCAGACUCUGUUCAAUCGCUACCUGAUGACAUCGAGUCCUCUGCCCAGCUUCACGAUCUCGGGAAGCCUAAAAAGGCACCCGGUAUGCUUUCCGUCAUGCUGGAUAUCGCAAGGAACGAGGGAGUUUUGAACCUCUACAAUGGGCUAAGCCUAAAGUUGCUCCAAAGUAUUCUAAGUGCUGCAUUUCUGUUCUACUUCAAAGAAGAGCUCGUCCAAAAAACCGACCUGGUGAUUCGGAAAGCCAAGCGUGUCAAACAAAAUCCCCUGCCUGCAAAGGACCUCGUUAUCUAG